GUCACCACCGGCCGAGGCUCAGAUCCAGCGCAGGAGGAUCCAGAAGUGGAGGAGACUGCGGCAGAUUCCCUGCCCAGCAAGGAAAGUGUUCCUGUUGGCAAAGCCCGAAGACGUAAGAAGCAAGGUGGUGGCACCAAGCAGUUGAAAUACUUGUGGCAAGAUCCUGAAAACCAGGAGCUUCUUCAAGCUUUGAAGAUCGAAGACCAAGAAAAGCGAAAGCGGCAUGCUGGUACAACGCAGAUGGAGAAACAUGGUGUAACUCUGCGAAGUGACGCCGCUCAGGCGCAUGAUCGCACCGGACAUGCAGCAGACUUCUUGCAGAAGGAGCUGUUUGGCAACCGAAAGCGCAAGCGGAGCGUGGCAGAUCGCUACGACCGCAAUGUGCUCGCUGGAUGCA